CCCACUGCAAACCUCCCCAAACCCUUCUCGAUCUCCUCUCCUCCCCUCCCCGCUCCAAAAUGUGGAGCCGCCACCUCCUCCGCCGCCUCCUACCAUCUCCGGCCACCGCCGGCGCCCCAUCCCCCUUGAUCCGCCACCUCUCCACCACCGCCGUCCCAACGACCGACAUCACCUCCAUCGCCUCCUCCCUCGCCGCGGCGGUCACCAAGCUCUCCUCCACCCCGCCGCCAGCCACCUCCCCGGAGGCCUACUUCUCCCUCCACUUCUCCGACGUCCGCCCCACCACCGCGCUCCUCGCCGAGGCGCUCUCCCUCUCCCCUCCCGCCACCUCGCGCGCCGCCGCCGACCUCUUCCGCUUCCUCGUCCGCCGCUCGCUCCACCCUUCCGACGGCGCGCUCGCGCUCGUCGUCCGCCACCUCGCCCGCCGCCGCGACUUCCCCGCCGUCCGCACCCUCCUCCAGGAGUUCCCAUCCGCGCUCGGGCCCGACACGCUCAAGGCCUACCUCUUCCACCUCGCGAGAGCCGGGCGCGCCACUGACGCGCUCAAGGUGUUCGACGAGUUGCCUGCGCAGCUUCGCACCCGCGAGGCGCUCACUUCCCUGGUGACCUCCCUCUCCUCCGAGGGAUUCCCACAGCUUGCGGAGCGCGCUGUCAAGAAGGUCGCCCAUGAGAUCUUCCCGGAUGAUAAUAUCUGCACUUUGCUGGUAGCUGGUUAUGCCGACGCUGGUAAGCUGGACCAUGCGCUACGGUUGAUCGGUGAGACGCGCAAUGGUGGGUUCCAGCCUGGAUUGGACGCCUACAAUGCGGUUCUUGAUUGCGUCUGCCGGCUCUGUCGCAAGAAGGACCCAUUAAGGAUGCCUGCAGAGGCGGAGAAGUUCCUAAUUGACAUGGAGGCCAAUGGCAUUCCCCGGGAUGCAGGAACAUUCAGGGUGCUGAUUAAAAAUCUCUGUAAGAUUCGCAGGACUGAGGAUGCAAUGAAUCUGUUCCGACGAAUGGGUGAGUGGGGAUGCUCGCCAGAUGCUGACACAUACCUAAUACUGAUCAAGAGCUUGUAUCAGGCUGCCCGGAUUUCUGAAGGGGACGAGAUGGUGACAUGGAUGCGGUCUGCAGGGUUUGGAGAUAAACUUGAUAGGAAGGCAUAUUAUGGGUUCAUCAAGGUUUUAUGUGGGAUUGAGAGGGUUGAGCAUGCUAUCAAGGUCUUCCGCAUGAUGAAAGGAUAUGGGCAUGCACCUGGGACGAAAUCGUAUAGCUUGCUGAUCGAGAAGCUGGCUACGCAUAAUUUAGGGGAUCGCUCAAAUGCACUCUUCAGGGAGGCUGUAGCGCGUGGGGUUACUGUGACACAAGGAGUGUAUAAGAUUGACAAGAGGUACGUGAAAGAAAAGAAGGAGAAGGUGGUCAAGAAGAGGCUGACUUUACCGGAGAAGAAGAUAUUGAAGAGCAAGCGGCUGUACAAGCUCAAGAUGAGCUUUGUCAAGAAGCCUAGGCGGCGAAUGAGGGCUUGAGAAGACUAGGGUUGGGUUGGGGCGGAUGAUCUUGGGAAGUGAAGCAUCAGAAAGAGCCCACUGAUAUAAUUUAGAAGAGCAGAAAAUUGAUGUCCAUGAAUUGUGCCCCCC